GUCACCGGAAGCCGGAGCCGCCACAGCGCUGAGGCAGGGGCCGAGCACCGGCGGAGCCCCGCGUACCACCCGCUCCGCUCUCUCCGCCGGGCCGGCCGGAGCGCUGCCGAGCCGCCCGCCGCCAUGUCCAACAUGGAGAAACACCUGUUUAAUUUGAAGUUUGCUGCAAAGGAACUCAACAGGAACUCAAAAAAAUGUGACAAAGAAGAAAAGGCUGAGAAAGCUAAAAUUAAGAAGGCAAUUCAGAAGGGUAACAUGGAAGUCGCGCGAAUACAUGCGGAAAAUGCAAUCCGACAGAAGAAUCAAGCCAUCAAUUUCUUGCGCAUGAGCGCCAGGGUAGAUGCUGUAGCAGCCAGAGUUCAGACUGCAGUGACAAUGGGCAAGGUAACGAAGUCGAUGGCAGGGGUAGUUAAGUCUAUGGAUGCCACGCUGAAGAGCAUGAACUUGGAGAAGAUAUCUGCACUAAUGGAUAAAUUUGAGCAUCAGUUUGAAACACUGGAUGUUCAGACACAACAGAUGGAAGACACAAUGAGCAACACUACUACGCUAACGACGCCACAAAACCAGGUGGAUAUGCUUCUACAGGAAAUGGCAGAUGAAGCAGGUCUUGAUCUGAACAUGGAACUACCUCAAGGACAGACAGGUUCUGUUGGUACAAGCGUUGCCUCAGCAGAACAGGAUGAGCUGUCACAGAGACUGGCCCGCCUUCGUGAUCAAGUCUAAGUUAAACAAAGCUGCAGCUCUUUGUACAUGCUCUCAAAAUACCCUUUCUGGAACUAACCCUUCACUACACUAGAAAGGUGUAUACAGUAUGGCUUCAGUGUUUGAACAUUUGUAAUAUAGGGUACUUCACUCCUAGCUUGCUACUCUUUCUAAAAUAUAUUAAGUAACCCAAGAAAUAUCAGCUCUUUAAUGUCCUUUUCUGUACAUUUUGAAGUUGAUAUAUUUUUUGCAAGCUUUUUUCACAAAAUCGAGUUGAUAUCUAGGUUGGCUAGUAAUGUUGGUACAUGCUAGCUAAAAGAAAAGCAGAGUGUCAUUGAUAUAUAUUUUAAAUUAUGAAGUGAUUUUUUUAAAUUAUGAGAACUGUUUAUUGUUGGAGAACUGAUGUAUUCAGUUCAGAUGAUUGUUGUAGAUAACUUUCUUACGCAGCCAAACUCCUGGAACAGGCAAAGGUGGACAGCGUGGACUUCAUGGAAAAUGUGCUUGUUAAAACAAAUAAGUGGACUUCAGCCUGAGUUUUUUAGUCUUUUAAAGGCAGGGUAACGGUGCUCAAAUUAGUGGUUUAGCUCAAAAAUGAGUUACCAAAAGUUGUUUUCGUGUGAUUGGGAACUUGUACGGUGUCACCACUUUAGUAGAGGAGGAAUAAAAUAUAUUUUUCAACUGUCGGUUCUGUUAAGUGUUGCAGCUUGUUCCUUGUUUGAUGUCGAGUGCUCUAGCUUCUCCCUUCUGCUUUCUUCUCGGUAUCCUGGGGUGCAGCCAAUUAUGCCACUCACACCUCUCUUUCUACCAACAUAACAUCCAGUUCCUGUUAAACAGAGAGCUCAUGCUGUUCGUUUUCAUAGGUCCAGGCUGAGAAGCCGUGUAUGAAGUAACUGAAACUUGCUUUUCUCUAUUCCCUCUUACUCUGUCUUUGCUUUUAUACGUAAGAUGAGAAGACUUGUCAUCUCAUGCCAUGCUUCAGUGCUCUUCUGUGUGUGAAAAAUACAGAAGUGCCCUUCCUCGGGUUCAGAUCUUUGCAGUCCUCCCUGAGUCGGGGUCCCAGCCCUGGAUUUUCUUCCUGGGGGUUUCCCUUAAAUCUGCUUUUCCUGCGGGUGAGUAGUACCCAAGUAGAAGAGGCCAUUCAGUCAAAGGGGCAGGCUGCUGGAUGCCUAUGCCAGUUAGGUUGGAUUAAGAACAGCUAAUUUACUGUAAGGUUUAAUAUUGCUCUCUGCAGAUAAAAUAACCUGAUUUGUAAUAUUACAUUUGUAUGGAGAGGCUGGUUUGUUUUAGUGAUCCCUUCAUAUUUCCACACAGUAAGAGAGAAGCUACUGCCUGCUUCCAGCAGCUUCAGACUCGGGCUGCAGUUGUGAAAUAAAGAAGUGGUUGUAGAAAUUUGUAGCUGCUUGUGAUGUGUUGUGACAAACAGUGAUGUUAAAAUUCUAUUUCUGACUUUUUGGGCUUGUUUUUUGCUUGUAGGGGUGAGGGAAGGUGUAAAGGAUUAGAGUUAGAAUUAGCUCUUACUGCGUUGGUGUUCAGGAUCACAUCACGUGGCUUUUCCAGUGUUGGAGAAAUAUUGAAGAAAAUAGAAUACUUUGCUUUCUUAGUCGAACAGGAUUUUUUUCAGUGAAAACAUGCAAAAAUGAGGAAACAUUUCGGAGCUGUUUUGAAUGUGUUAUUCAAAUCACUUUGAAGGUUUAGCAGGAUGUUACGUACUGAAGUGUUUGAGGCUACUAUAAAAAUAAGGAUAAUAAGAUAGACAAAACAACUCCAAAUGUUGUGGAAUUCUCUCUCACGCUGGCAGCCUAAACUGAAAUGUUUAAAAUGUGAUCUUUUCACUUGUUUACAUUUAUUGUCAGCGCAGCUUUCUUCUAAACACCUUGAGUGUUCCUCAAAUGGGAAGGUGUUUAAAAACCAUGGACUCGCAACUGUAGUCUUGGUACAAUCCUUUCGAAUUCAUAAUAAAACAUCUUAGAAAAGGGACCAUACGAUGUACCUUUUUUCCCCUUGCUCCCGAACCAUGUAACUAAAACAUAAUGGUAAAUCUAUGCAACCAGGUUACCCACAGCUGUGGUAACUGCUCCUGUGUGUGCCUUUGCCUCGCUGAACUUAAUUUUUUCUUUUUGGUAUUUAGUUGCUUCAUAUCUCAGAUAGGAUUGGAAAGUCACUGUUGUGUAAUAAAUCCCCAUCUGAGUUUAUUUUGCAGUUACUUGUUGAUGGAGCUGUACCGUAACACUGAGGUUUUCAGUGUUCAAUAUUAGACAACUUCAACUAGCUUGUCAUUAUUUUAAUGAUAAAGAUGAUGCUGCUUUCAGCCUGUUCCUGGCCAUUCCUAAACUGAGAGCGGAGACAGCAGUUCUGAGAUCCCUGCGGGUUUGAUUUUUCUGAGCGUGCUGCCUUGCUGUUAGCCUUGGGGCUUUGGAGACAUUUAAAAACAGAGGGAGAAGAGACUGAUUCGAUUGCUGCAAGAUAAAUAUUAAACAAGCUUCACUACCUGAGUGGCUGUACACAGCCUGUUCCAGGGCCUGGAUCUUAGCCCAGGCUUGCACGCUCCAGUACCAGAGUGGAGUUCCAGUAUCAUUUGUUUAAAGGAAUUAAUGAGUAAACGUUAAAGGCUGGACUGACAUAAUUAACACUACCUCUGGGGGACGAUGAUGCAAAGAGAGGGAGGCAGGUUUAGCCCACUUGGGGAAGAAUUGCAUGUUUUGAACGAUGAAUUUUUGCCCUGUUGACUUCACUCUGAGAAUUGCUGCAUACGUCAGCAGGGCCAGGGUUUUGUACUGGUUAGUUCUGUGUAUGGAUCUUCUGCCCUCUCCUGGGGAAACCAUUUCUUUUAGAAGCACUUGGGUAUGAGAACUGGCAUUUGGAAUGUUUUUAACAGUUACAUUUUGAAUGUAUAUAUUUUUCUCAAGUCUUUUGGAAAUGCUUGAAACUGAAAGUUACUCUUAGAGCAAUAUUUGAGUUUCGGAUCCUUCUUCCAUUCAGGCUCUCCUCAAAACAUUUGCUCCUUUCUGAACGACUCUGGCUCCUCACUCCUACGUUGCUUGUGUUCCUUGUAAGCUGGCUGUUAUGUGUUUGUAGAAGUUUCUUUCAUGUUGAAUAAAUUGUAUGUGCUUUUGUGUACCUUAUUAGGAGAUAUUUCAAUAUCUGUGCUUAUAAGCAGACUCAUCUGAAGUGAAACAUUGCUUGAGAUGUUGCAGGAUGGUUUUACUCAACACUUUUUUCCUUGUUUAUUAAAAUUGCUAGUGUAUUAGUCUUUGUUCAUUUGAAUUCCAAGACUGAAAGCCACGAAGAGCUUCAGAUGAAAGGAGAGGGAAGGAAAGGAGGAACAAGAACUUUAACUUUCUUGAUUGCAAUAGGAUAAAGUGAUCAAGUUGCCUUUGUGGAGAUCCUCAGAGCCAAAAAACAGUGACAUUUUGUUAAAUAUAAUCAGCAACUGUGUACAGAAAUAAAUUCUGAAGCUGGUGACUUGUAUAGAGAAGAGAAUAAUUUUUGUAGCUCUGUUAGAGUUCAUUUUGGAAACCGCUUUACUUGUAUGGGACAAUUUGUAAAUGUAACUGCAAGUGGUAAAUAAAAUUGUACAGACAACUUA